AUGGCCGACACAAACAUGACCGACGACCAACCCGCCCCGGACCCCUUCACCCUCGAAGAACGCAUCCAACAGCUCUGCGACAUCGACAAGAGCAUAGUCCAGCUCAUGAACCACACCUCAUCCGCCAUGUCCGCCCUGAGUAACAAACCCCAAGCACCCAAACCCACAUCCACAUCCUCCUCCGACGCACCACCACCACCGCAAACCUCAAUCGUCUCCCCAGAAGACCAAAAACAGCUCUUCAAAUCCUCAAUGGACUCCCUCCUCUCCACCCUGCACACCGUCGACAUCCACAUGAAGCGCCAGAUCAUGGGCCUCGAGGAGGCUGGCAUCAUCAAGCUCCGCAACGACGCCUCCAAGGACCGUCAGCCCGUCAUGAACGAGGACGCAAAGAUCGUCGCCCGGCCCUCCCUCGAGCCCAACGGCGUCGGCACCAUCGGCAACCUCGACGUCGGCUGGCUCAACAGCCGCAACAACAAGGUCGAGCGCGACAUGGAGGCCGAGCUGUGGGCCAAGAUGAGGGACUUCCUCGAGAAGUACCACGCCGAAGAGCAGCAGGAAGCCGGAGACAGGAUGCAGCAGUGA